AUGGCGUGCAGCAGCUGCAAGAAUCUGGCGUCGAUGCUUCUCCUCGCCACCUUAGCAGCGUCGAUGGUGCCGGUGGAGGGGACCGGGUCGGCAGUUCCUGCAGGAAAAGACAAGGGCAAUGGCAAUGGGAAGGGGAAGGAGGCACUGGACCCGGCGUCGAUGCAUUACUUCGUGCUAGAGCCAAGUGAGGGGACAGCGCAGGAGCGCUUCUUCUGCCUGGCGAGGGGCCGGUGCCACUUUAAGUCCAUCCAGUGCCCCGCCGAGUGCCCCCAGCGCAAACCCAAGAAAAACCGCGUCGUCAAGGGCUGCUUCGCUGAUUGCAGCAGCCGCUGUGAGACCACCUGCAAGUAUAGGCUGCCAAACUGCAACGGUUACGGAUCGGUGUGCUACGACCCUCGGUUCGUCGGUGGCGAUGGCGUGCUGUUCUACUUCCACGGGGCCAAGGGAGGCGACUUCGCCCUGGUGUCCGACGACCAGCUCCAGAUCAACGCGCACUUCAUAGGGACCAGGCCGGAGGGCCGCCCACGCGACUUCACCUGGGUGCAGGCCCUGGCAGUCAUGUUCGAGUCCCACACCCUCGUCCUCGCCGCCCGGAGGGUCGCCAAAUGGGACGACGGCUUCGACGCCUUGGCGUUGCGCUGGGACGGCAAGGAGGUGGAAGUCCCCACCGACGGCGAGGCAGAGUGGCAGACACGCACCGGAGGUGGCAGCGUCGAGGGAGAAAUAGUGAGGGAGGUGGUGGUGGAGAGGACCGCCGAGACCAACAGCGUGCGGGUGACCGUGUCGGGGCUGGUGGAGAUGGACGCGAAGGUGGUGCCCAUCACGGAGCAGGAGGACCGGGCCCAUGGGUACCGCCUGCCGCCGGGCGACGCCUUCGCCCACCUGGAGACUCAGUUCAGGUUUGCCGGGCUGACGGAGCAGGUGGAGGGAGUCCUGGGCCAGACCUACCGCCCAGACUACGUGAGCCCUGUGAAGAGUGGGGUGGCCAUGCCCAUGAUGGGCGGAGAGGACAGGUACCGCACCCCUUCCUUCCUCUCCGCCCGCUGCGCCUCGUGCCGCUUCCACUACCCCUCCCGGCUCCUCCAUGAAACCGCCAGCAUCGACAUGGAGCAGUACUAG